ACAGCUCAAAUAAGCAAAGAGAAACGACAGUCCAUCAAGGUCAGUCAAUACUGAAUAUUUCAAGAACUUUGAAAGUUUCUUCAAGUGCAGUCGCAAAAACCAUCAAGCGCUAUGAUGAAACUUGCUCUCAGAGGACCGCCAAUGGAAAAGAAGACCCAGAGUUACCUCUGCUGCAAAGAAUAAGUUCAUUAGAGUUACCAGCCUCAGAAUUUGAUAAUUAACUGCAGAUAGCACCUCACAGAGUUCAAGUAACAGACACAGCUCAACAUCAACUGUUCAGAGGAGACUGCGUGAAAAUUGCUGCAAAGAAACCACUACUAAAGGACACCAAUAAUAAGAAGAGACUUGCUUGGACCAAGAAACAAAAGCAAUGGACAGUAGGCUGCUGGAAAUCUGUGAUGAGUCCAAAUGUGAGAUUUUUGGUCUUUGUGAGACGCUGAGUAGGUGAACGGAUGAUCUCCACAUGUGUGGUUCCCACUGUGAUGCAUUGAGGAGGAGGUGUGAUGGUGUGGGGGUGCUUUGCUGGUGACACUGUCUGUGAUUUAUUUAUAUCACUUAACCAGCAUGGCUACCACAGCAUUCUGCAGCAAUACUCCGUCCCAUGUAGUUUGAAUUUAGUGGGAUUAUAAUUUGUUUUUCAACAAGACAAUGACCCAACACACCUUCAGUCUGUGUAAGGGCUAUUUGACGCUGGACUGCAGAGUGAAGGAAAAGCAGCAACAAGUGCUCAGCAUAUGUGGGAACUCCUUCAAGACCGUUAGAAAAGCAUUCCAGGUGAAGCUGGUUGAGAGAAUGCCAAGAGUGUGCAAAGCUGUCAUCAAGGCAAAGAAAUACCUCCGCAGGUUCUACAAUUUUCGAGCUGGACUUCAGGGAACCCCGACACACAGGUCGUCAGACGCCAUGCAGGCUAAGGUCAGGGAGAUGCAGUCCUUCUUCAACCUCCAAGUGACAGGGAGCCUGGACACUAACACCCUGGAACUGAUGAGCAUGGCCAGGUGUGGUGUCCCUGACAUGGGGGAAUACAACCACUUCCCCCGACACCUCAAAUGGCAGAAUACCAAUGUGACCUUCAGAAUAGUGAAUUAUACUCCUGAUCUGAUGAAGGCAGAUGUGGACAGAGCUAUCCAUAAUGCCUUCAACAUCUGGGCUGAUGUCACUCCUCUGACCUUCAAGAAACUGCACGAGGGGAAGGCUGACAUCAUGAUAGCAUUUGGGACAAAAGAACAUGGAGACUUCAACCCCUUUGACGGCCCUGACGGCCUCUUAGCCCAUGCUUAUCCCCCUGGCAGAGACAUUGGAGGAGACACACACUUUGAUGAAGAUGAACAUUGGUCAAUAGACUCAGACGCCUACAACCUUUUCCUGGUCGCCACUCAUGAGUUUGGCCAUGCCCUUGGCUUGUCCCAUUCUUCCGAUCCUGGAGCUCUGAUGUACCCAAUCUACUCCUACAGCCAGGGUUAUCCACUGUCUGAGGAUGAUAUCACUGGCAUUCAAGCUCUUUAUGGCCCGAACCCCAAUGACAGCAAAGUGAAGCCCAAGCCAGAUGCCCCAAACAAAUGUGACCCCAUGUUGAGUUUUGAUGCUGUCACUGAGCUCAGAGGAGAAACAAUCAUCUUCAAAGACAGGUUCUACUGGCGUCUCCAUCCUCAAUUUGCAGAGCCUGAGCAAACCCUGAUCAAAUCCACCUGGCCCUCCCUCCCCAACAAAGUGGAUGCUGCCUAUGAGUACCCUGAGAAAGACAUGGUCUUCAUAUUCAGUGGUAUUAGAAUGUGGGCCCUGAACGGCUACAGCCUAGUGGAGGGCUACCCCAAAUACAUCCAUAAACUGGGACUCCCCAAGACCGUGCGAAGGGUGGAUGCUGCUGUGUACAUCCCAGACACCGGCAAGACCCUUCUGUUCUCUGACGAGCAGUUCUGGAGUUAUGAUGAGAAGACUAACACAAUGGACAGUGGCUUCCCAAGAUCCAUUGAGAUGGAUUUCCCUGGAAUGGGAGAUGAGGUGGAUGCUGCCUUAUAUAAAUAUGGAUAUUUGCAUUUCUUCCAUGAACAUACACAGUUUGAAUACAGCUACAGUGCAAGGAAGGUCAUUCAGAUUGUUAGGACAAACUCUUUUCUCAACUGCUGAUCCACUGGUGGAGAACUACUGUUAUUUUAUGGGAAACGUACCAAUAGGUCAUUUGUGCUGGACACCUGUUUGUUAUUGUUAUUUGUAACUCAUCUCAAAGUACGCUGGAAAACUGCAUGUAAAAUGCAUGUCUGAAGACUAAAGUAGGUGUAAUAUUUAUUGGGAAUGGGAAAACGGUUGGCUUAUGCAUCGAACAAAUGCGGAAACCUCUAUGCAGGGUCUUGCUUUAGGGUAUCAGAAAAUGUGCAUCAUAUUCACAUGACUUGUUAUAGUAUUGAAGGGUGGGAUAGAAACCACUCUGAUAUACUUUAGAAUAAUGUAAUUGCAUUUCUCUCUGUAUAUAAAUGUUACUCGGGGAAGUUACAGUAAUGUGUUGCAGAUCCACCAAUAGGUGGCAUUCAAGGACACCAAAUCUAGAGUACGAGCUCAUGCUUUUUAUGGACUGUGAAUGUUUUUACUACUAAUUUUAAUGACACAUUUUCAUGAAUAAAAUAAUACGUGCAAAUGG